AUGCUGCAGCUGCUGACAUUCCUGGUGGAGAAGCUCUCCCUGCUCUCCAUCUUCAAACUCUUCGAGUCCAGCUGCGCGGACGCCGGUGAGGACCGCGAGCGCCACGUGCCCCGCGGCCCCCCGCCGCCCCUCCGCAGGGGAGACCUGCUGGAGGUCCACAGAACCAUCUUCACCCACUACGGCAUUUAUUUAGGCGACAACAAAGUGGCUCACCUGAUCCCCGACAUCCUGCCCGUGUUUUCAAACGACAAGGAGCUCAUCGGCUCCGUCAUUUCCAACAAGAGGCUCAUCCUCGGCUGCAUCUUCAGGUGUGCCACGGUGCGCGUGGACACGCUGGAGGACUUUGCGUACGGCGGCCACAUCCUGAUCAACCACAUGGACAAGGCGAUGCAGAACAAAGCGUUCCCCGACGAAGACGUGGCACGGAGAGCGGAGCGGCUCAUCGGAGCCGUUCCGUACAGUCUGCUGUGGUACAACUGUGAGCACUUUGUGACGGACUGCAGGUACGGGGCUGCAGAGAGCCGGCAAACGGACAAGUUCUGUGAGGGCGUGAAGUCCGUCAUCAGAGACCAGCGCAGCGUGAUCUUCACCAGCCUCCUGGGAAUGAUCUCCAUCGUCUGCUACGGCAUGGCACCGUCAACUACAUUACCCACAGUUCUUAUCCCCUUCACUCUGUGGAUGGCUGGUUGA